CUUUAAUGCGAGGAUUAUACCUACAAUGUUGUUUGUAAAAUGUUUUUUUUUUCGGUAUUUUAUGGCUUAGUUCCGUUUUAUGACAUUUCUACUUUCGUGCGUGGAAUGUUUUGGUUUGGGGUUGCUGGUUAACAAACUUGUAGGCUACUGCGCACACGUGCUGUUUCUCGGUUUCAUUGCAACUGAUAGUUUCAUUAUUGAAGCUUUUAAGGUACUUUGUCGAUUUAUUUUAAAGGAUAGGUACAAAAAAACAAGAAUGUCCUCACCAUAUAAGGAUUUACAUGACAAUUACGUUCCUAAUCGAUGGAGCUCCAGUAGGCGUGGAACUUUAGCCAUUAUUGUCUUGUUGAUGAUAAUAGGUAGUAUUCCUCUUAUGGAGCAAUGGAGAGGAUCUAAAGUAAGUCUACGACUUGGAGACCACGAUGAAGCCAAGGUGGAGGGGAAUACAUUGAAUGUUCCUGUGUCUGAUGAGCAAAGCAGGUUGGUUCUUACUGAGAGUAUACCGCUUUAUAUGACAUAUGAUGCUAAUGCCACCUUUGGAACUCCCCUGUAUGAGGCAUGGAAAGACCUCCUGGUCAUGGCGACAGAGAGGGUCGAUGUAGCCUCUUUCUACUGGUCCCUUACUGGCAAUGAUAUCAUGGUCAACUCUUCCACUGACUUACCUGGAAGGGAUAUACUGGAGCUGUUUGGGGACCUGACACUGAGGAAUGUGUCCAUACGUGUGGCCAACAGCAUUCCCUCUGUGGCGCUGAACUCUACAGAUCUGCAGAUUCUCAGGCGUAAAGGAGUCCAUGUCAAGAAGGUGAAUUUUGGGCUUUUAACAAAAGGUAUACUUCACACCAAACUAUGGAUCAUAGACAUGAAACAUAUUUACAUUGGAAGUGCGAACAUGGACUGGAGAUCAUUAACACAGGUGAAAGAACUUGGAGUGGUCAUAUACAACUGCUCCCAAUUGGCUGAGGACCUCCAAAAGAUCUUCCGGUCAUACUGGGUGCUUGGCCAUCACAAUGCCUCCAUCCCAGACCCCUGGCCCUCUGAUUUUGACACCACCAUCAACAAAGAUUACCCCCUGCUGGUGAAUAUGAGUGGUGUCCCCAGCAGGGUCUACAUUACUGGCUCUCCUCCCUCUUUCUGCCCUGCUGGUAGAACUAGGGAUUUGGAUGCCAUUCUUUCUAUAAUCGAGGGGGCAGAGCAUUUCAUUGAUGUGGCUGUCAUGGAGUACUUCCCCACAUCUCGUUUCACUCACCCCCGAAGCUACUGGCCCACCAUCGAAAAUGCACUGAAGCGGUCAGCUUUUAACCGUCAUGUUACAGUCCGCCUCCUGAUCAGCUGUGGAAGAGAUACAGAUCCGGAGAUGUUGCCCUUCCUGCAGUCCCUCAAUGCCCUGCACCUGCCCACUGAGAACAUUGGCAUUGAAGUGAAACUCUUCAUAGUGCCAGUGGGGAACCAAUCAGAUAUCCCCUACUCCAGAGUCAAUCACAAUAAAUAUAUGGUGACAGAUAAAGUGGCAUAUAUUGGAACAUCUAACUGGUCAGCCGACUACUUCACCACAACAGCAGGGGUGGCGAUUGUGGUCUCCCAGGAUGCACCUCACCCAAGCUUGGUGGAACAGAUGCUGCAGGUGCAGCUGAGAGGAGCAUUUGACCGGGACUGGCACUCUCACUUCACUGUCGCUCUGUCUGACCUGGGCCAGAAUCCUGACUGUGCAUUCUCUGAAGCAUUUGGAGACUGAACUAUGACAACAGAUCUCUCUCAUCAGAGCCCCAAGAGAUCAUUGAAAGAAAGGUUUUCACUUGAACCAAAGGAAUCAUGUAAGGUUGAGCUCAGAUAGGAGUUCUAUUGUGCAGGGUAUCAAUUGAUUAUCUUUAUUGUCAGCAAAAUAUUAUAUGACUUUGUACAUAACAAACCACAAAGAGGGUGUAUGUUCUUUUUCAAAUCACUGUAAUGUGGCAUGUACAAAGGUGAUACAACUACAUAAGCUACAGUUCAAUAAGGAUCUGCUGAUGGGUGAUAAUUAAUUGCAAAAUUGUUCAUCAAGAAAGACAAGUCUACAUUUGAAUAAAUUAAAUACUCCGUCCAUUCCAUUGAGUAAAGCAAACGUUGUACUCCCAUAUCCUAUUCACCCAUCCCAGCUCACUCGCUUUUCACUUUUGUUUUGUCAAACAAAAUGUAGUUAACAGAAUAUCACAAUGUUACAUAACAUGUUUUUCAAACUGUUUUUCAUUGGGUUCGAAUGAAGCAUCACAAUGCUCUUUACCUCUGCAACAUCUUCUGUGUUUAUUAAUAUUUUUAUUGCAUUUUAUUUACUUGCAAUACCAAAUUGUUGUUUGCAUACAGUAUUAUCUGUUUUUAAAGUAUCAAUGUUUUUUUGUGAUGAA